CUUUCGCGGUGACGUCACCGCGCCGGAAGGACGCGUGCGACGAACUUCCGGCGCGGACGACAUGGCGACAGAGGGAGGAGGAGGGAAGGAGAUGAGCGACAUAAAGACUCAGUUCUCGACGCGCGAGGGCACCUACCGCCUGCUCUCCCUCUCCGAGUACAGCCGCCCCAACCGCGUGCCCUUCAGCGCGCAGGGCUCCAACCCCGUCAAGGUGUCGUUCGUCAACGUGAACGACCAGUCCGGCAGCGGCGACCGCAUCUGCUUCAACGUGGGCCGCGAGCUCUACUUCUACAUCUACAAGGGCGUGCGCAAGGCCGUGGACCUGAACAAGCCGAUCGACAAGCGGAUCUACAAGGGCACCCAGCCCACGUGCCACGACGUGAACACGCUGACCGCGCGGCCCGAGAGCGUGGCACUGCUCGUGGGCUUCUCUGCCGGGCAGGUGCAGCUCAUCGACCCCGUCAAGAAGGAGACGAGCAAGCUGUUCAACGAGGAGAGGCUGAUCGACAAGACGCGCGUGACGUGCCUCAAGUGGGUGCCCGGCAGCGAGAACCUGUUCGUGGUGUCGCACGCGAGCGGCAGCCUCUACCUGUACAACGAGGAGCUGGGCUGCGGCACGAGCGCGCCCUCCUACUCCGCCAUCAAGCAGGGCGACGGAUACUGCGUCUACGCCUGCAAGAGCAAGUCGAGCCGCAACCCGCUGCACCGCUGGGCCGUCGGCGAUGGUGCCCUCAACGAGUUCGCCUUCUCGCCCGACGGCAAGCACCUGGCGUGCGUGGGGCAGGACGGCUUCCUGCGCGUCUUCUCCUUCGAGGCCAUGGAGCUGCAGGGCGCCAUGCGCUCCUACUUCGGCGGGUUGCUGUGCGUCUGCUGGAGCCCCGACGGCAAGUACCUGGUGACGGGCGGCGAGGACGACCUGGUGAGCGUGUGGUCCUUCCUGGACGGCCGCGUGAUCGCGCGCGGCCACGGCCAUAAGUCGUGGGUUAGCGUCGUGGCCUUCGACCCCUACACGACGAGCCUGGAGGACGGCGCCGACCCCACGGAGCUCAGCGGCAGCGACGAGGAGUUCCCCGAGCAGACGCCGCCCUUCGCCGCGUCGCAGAGCCGCUCGUGCGCCGCCGGGCGGGACCGCGCCAACAGCACGCUAUCGCGGCUGUCCCAGAGGGCGGACGGGCGGCCCGUGUCGGUGACGUACCGCUUCGGCUCGGUGGGGCAGGACACGCAGCUGUGCCUGUGGGACCUCACGGAGGACGUCCUCUUCCCGCACCAACCGCUGUCGCGUGCGCGCACGCAGACCAACAUCGUGACGGCCGCCAACUCGGGCGCCACGUCGCCCUCCGCCGCCGGUGCCACCGUGGUCGGCGGCGGCGGCUCGUGCCCCCUGCCGCGAUCAAACUCCCUCCCGCACUCGGCCGUGGCCAACGCCAACAGCAAGGGCGGCGGCGGCGGCGGCGGUGGUGGCGGCGGUGGGGGAGGGGGAGGAGGGGGCGCCGGGGGGUUGGUGGACGGCGCCAUCGCGGCCGGGAUCAGCAAGUUUGCGACACUAACGCUGCACGACCGCAGCGGCAAUGACAAGCGCAGCCUGGACAAGGAGCACAAGCGCAACCACAGCAUGGGGCACAUCUCAAGCAAGAGCGCCGAGCGCCUGCACGUGCUCUCCAAGAGCCAGCGCCCGGACUCGUCGCGCCUCCUCGGCACCCCGCCCUGCCCACGCAUGGACGAGGUGCCGCUGCUGGAGCCGCUGGUGUGCAAGAAGGUGGCGCACGAGAGGCUCACCGUGCUGGUCUUCCUGGAGGAGGCGGUGGUGAGCGCCUGCCAGGAGGGGUUCAUCUGCACGUGGGCACGCCCCGGAAAGACGAACCGCGGCGGCGCGGAGCAGCUGCUGGGGAAACUGACGCCCAACGACGAGCGCUGACGAUGGCUGCCGCCCGUGUUCACAGGGGCAGGCGGCGGCGCAGACGCAGGCCAACUCGCCCAGCGGGACGGUGGUAUAGCGGCGGCGCCGCCGCUCGCUCGCUCCCCGGAGCCGCGUGGAGCGCCGCUUGGAGCCGUGCGGAGCGGCGACGCACGCUGCGGCUUCUCGGUGGAGCCACCGUGAGCACAGCGGCUCGCUCGCUCGCUCAAUCGCUCGGUUGGCUGAUCGAUCGCCACCGCACAGGGGAUCCCCCCCCCUCCCACCGGGUCGCCAUCCCCACCCCCCCCACCCUGCUCCGACACUGGCCCGGCUACCACCACCAUCACCACCACACGCGAAUGCUCCAGUUAGCGGCCGUGGCAAAGGGGGGGGGGGAGCCGCGGCACGGUGGUGGGGGGCUGCGCUACUGGGGAGGAGGGGGCCUCCUGGUGAAGGAAAUGAAGUCCCCAGCUGCUGCUGGUGCUGCUGCCGCCAUCGACUGAGACGUUUUUCCUGCGUUCAACCUUAACCCGCCCCGUCACCCCUUGAGCGACGUUUAAAUCCUCGAUCCCCUGGAACUGCGCGGGGACGCUGCUGGCGGCUGCUGGAGUCGGCCCUGGCGGCGAGGGCAGCACGGCCCCUGUGCAGCAGUCGCCGAUCUUUGUGACUGCACGCUCGGCGCGCCACUGCCGGCGUCUCCACCGCCGCUCCACAAGAACCUGUACCAUACUGUACACUGUACCAUACUGUACCUGUACCAUACUGUACCCUGUACCAUACUGUACAUGUGUAGUGUUGUUAUUUUUUGGCCUGGUCCCUCUGCCCCGCGCCGAUGGCACACAUAUCACGGGGGGCGGCCUCAACGCGCCAGCUCGACCGGACGAGCGAGAGGAGAGAGUUUGUUCUUUUGUUUUGCGAGGUGGGAAGAAGGUAUAUAAUAUAUAUAUUUUUAUGUAUUUUGUUCCGUGCGCACGCUCGCACACGCGUCGAGGCUCUUGUGUCGACGACGAGAAUGCGUUUGGGCCUGGAGGUCACGUUCGUAGCGAUCUCUCUCUCUCGCGCGCGCUAGAGCGAGCACGAGCGCGAAAGCGGUGGGCAAGCGGCGAGCGAGAGCGCGAGCGGUGGCCACUACCGCGAAAAAGGGGACUUUUCACCGUGGAUCCUCGUCCCGGCGACGAUCGGCGGAGCCGCGGGAUCGCCGACACGUGGCGCACGGCCUCGCUGGAGGGGGGGGGGGGGGGGGGAGGGACUUGAUUUGCACAAACUGCUGCUGCCCCGGUGCCGAUCGUGUUUUCGUGCGGGCGGCGCCCGGGGUUGGCGGCGCUCGGCCCCCGAUGUUGCACACACCCCGCACAAUGCGCUCGCGCCGCGGCGAAUCGCGGCGGGAGGUGCCGGGGAAAUAUCCGACCCCACCCACCCAACAUGGGCCUCACCCACACACAUUGCCUCACUCUCCCCAACCCUUCCCCUUCCCAGCACUGAACCCUGGGCCACCGAGUGCCCCCACCUACUCAUCCAACCACCCACCCACUUCCCUGCUGCGCGCUCAGUUUCUGCAAAAUAAAACUUUGUACUCGGCGUCAGCACGGGCCCUUGCUCCUUCUCGGACGAUGCCUGCAACUCGCCCGCCCUCUCACCAGGUCGACCACUCCGCUCGUCUUCUGGUGUAUCGGUCGGAGUCGUGGAGCCCCACACGUGGCGCUCCUGAGCAACGGUCGCCCCCUCCCCGAGAGCUCCCGUCUCCGCAGCGUGGCACAGACGCGUGCUUGGAGUCCUUUGAUGGAGCUAUCGAUGUGGCCGGUGUCAGGACGGUGGUCGUGGUUGUGGCUUGCGCGGGAGAGAAGUGGGGAGGCUGCAGUGAAGGUGGCGC